UAUUUCCAUGAAUUCUCUUACAUUCGAAUAACCAAAAGAUUCGUAAUUUUCAAUUUCUUUCUUUCCAAUCCAUUCUUUAUUUUUUUUUUCAGAAUCUGGCAAUGGCGACUGGUAUGGUGUCGUUGCAGGGAUCUGAAGAAUUCCCCCUUAUGGACAAUAAUCAAACAUCUACUAUCCCGGAAAGUAAUAAAAUGGGUACCAAUAUCAUCGGGGAAAAUGACUGGAAACCAGAAAUUGAGCCCCACCGCUGGAGAAUUCCUGGCCAAAUUGAUCAAUCUUCGCAGUCAUUCGGACAAGAUAUUAGACAUGUUGCUUCCGAGACUUACUUGAUUACCGGUCUUAGCUUCAAGCUUCUUAGAUACCUUGGGGUAGGCUACCGAUGGAUUAUUAGACUACUUGCGCUUCUCUGUUAUGCCAUGCUACUUUUACCUGGUUUCCUUCAAGUUGCCUACUAUUACUACUUUUCGAGCAUGGUACACCGGAGUAUCAUUUAUGGAGAUCAACCAAGAAAUAGGUUAGACCUUUACUUGCCAACAAAUCCUGAUGGAAAGAAGCCAGUUGUAGUAUUUGUAACUGGUGGAGCUUGGAUUAUUGGGUACAAAGCCUGGGGUUCCCUUCUUGGACUACAGUUGGCUAAGAGAGAUAUCAUAGUGGCCUGUCUUGACUACAGAAACUUUCCUCAAGGAACCAUUAGGGACAUGAUCAAAGAUGUUUCCCAAGGUAUCUCAUUUGUAUGCAAUAAUAUCGCUACUUCUGGAGGGGAUCCUGACAGGAUUUAUCUUGUUGGGCAAUCAGCUGGUGCACAUAUUUCAGCUUGUGCUCUCUUUGAGCAGGCGAUUAAAGAGUCGCAAGGAAAAAGCUGUUCUUGGAGUGUCACACAGAUAAAAUCAUAUUUUGCUCUAUCUGGCGGGUACAACUUGGUGAAUUUAGUUGAUCACUUUGACAAUCGGGGCCUCUACCGAACCAUAUUCUUUAGCAUUAUGGAAGGAGAAAGUUCUUUGAAAAAGUAUUCUCCAGAGCUUCUUGUACAAGAUAAAAGCAUUGAAAAAGCUGUUCGAUUGUUGCCGACUUUCUAUCUUUUCCAUGGAACUAAUGACAACUCCAUCCCAUCACUUGCCAGUGAAAAUUUUGCUGAUGCUCUCAGAAAAGCUGGUGCUCACGCUGAACUGAUUCUAUACAAGGGGAAAACUCAUACUGACUUGUUUGUACAGGAUCCACUAAGAGGUGGUAAAGACGAACUGUUUGAGCAUAUGGUUUCCGUCAUACACGCAGAUGAUCAGGAAGCUUUGGCCAAAGAUGCAAUGGCGCCUCCUAUGAGACGCUUUGUCCCCGAGAUAUUGUUGAAGAUUGCUGGGCGAAUUAGCCCUUUUUAGGCUGCCUCGUUCACGAUUUGGACGCCAAUUUGUCGCCUACAUAUUCUUAUUCUUAAUGCAGUAUUAAUAUCACAUCAUAUUUCCCUUUUGUAUAGGAUUAGAAAAGCUUAUUGCAUUCUUUAGCCCUCACCAAUUAGCUUGUUUGGUUUUAGUAUUAAUCGGUAAUGAGCCAUUAAUUUGUAAAUUCUGAUGUUCAAUGAAUGGGAAUGUUUAUUUUUU